CGGUAAUACGGUAUGCCUGAUUGCACCUUAAAUGCGCUAGUGAGUUGCAGAGUCAGUGACCGAAUUCUGCCAUUUGCAAAUAAACAAAAUGCAACUAUAUCAUAAAAAAAAUGCAACUAUCACCGACAGUUGACGAUCACCAAGUCAUUUUAAAUAACUUUUUUUAAGGACUAGAAAAACCCAAUAAGCUAAGAACAAUCUCCAAGAGUUCCAUCAUCUGUUUAAUUAAUUUCAACCAUUUUCCUUUAGAAAAAUUUAUCAGAAAGCACCUUAAUUUCUGGUAACCGAGAUGAUACCCCUAAAAUUAGACGAAACCAACUAUUUUCUCCGAUAUGGUGGAAAGGAACAUGUAUCAGUAUUGAAGUUAAAGGGUCUUCAUUCCCCCCAUGUCAAAGAAGAUGAUUGGGAAUUUGUAGAAACAGUUGGAAUAGGAAAUCAAUACAAACAUCAAUCGUUAGAUAUCUUUGGCCGUGUUAUCAAAGGCGAUGAUCUUAAGAAGUUAGCUUCAGAUCUUCUACAAUCACGUUUGUUGAUCAAUCGUGAGGGUUACUGCUAUCUGGAAUCUGAAAUUGUACCUUCUGCAUCAUCUUCACCCACUUCGACUUUGAGUUUUAGUAAUAUUCACUACUAUCGGAUUAAUGAUCUCUUCGGAUGGGCAGCGUACCAGGUGAAGCCUACAAUCACUAUGGUGUGGAACCGCCGUGAAAUAGAAGGAGGGAAGAUAGUAAUCGCAAUUAAAGGUGACACAAAUGUUGUUAAUAGUAAUAACAACGGGCCAAAGCCAAAGGUUGGAAAAGACGACAAGGAUAAUAGUAGUGAUGAUACUAAAGUGAAAGAGAGCUAUGAAACAAGGCUUAAGGAUUUGCUAGUUCAGAUGGAUGUGUUACAACGUAAGCUAAAUACGUUGCUCGAUUCAACGACAAACAAGAAUAAUCAGCCUUCGUCGUCGAUCUCGCAACCUUCGCCACCGGUUGCACCACCAACAUCUCUCCCUCAAAAUGGACACUACACAUUCAAAACGGAAGAAGAUGAUAAAGUACUUCGAUAUGGCCGAGGUACACAGCCGGAUCAAUUCGUCUUUCGAAUUAAAUCAUAUAGAGAACUGCUUAAAUCACUUGCAGAUUCCAAGUGCCGCGAAUUUGAAACCCCUGAAUUUAAAUUUGAAAAUCAAGAAUGGUUGUUGUCUAUCUAUCUUAAGGGCGAUCCAGACGCAAAUGUUGAUGAUCAUAUUUCUUUAUACUUAAAGAAGAGGCGACAUCCAACUACUCCUACUCAGAUGUUUAUGUUAGUCAGUUUUUUCAUUUAUAAUUACGAUCAAAAGGAGUACUUGACCGUCCAAGACUUAAAGGUCCAAUUAAUAAACGAUAAAUUUGACACAAAAGUUGGAAUCACACGAGCGAUUAAGAUAACAGAAUUCGAAGAUCCUAAGAAUGGGCUUUUAAGAGGUGACCGGAAGUGCAGAUUUGGUGUCGAGCUCAAACACUUAACAAGUCACCCCUCGGCUUCUCAGUUCAACGUGGUUCCCAGUUUAUACAAUCAAUGGGGUUACUUGAACUUCAAGCCAUCUUCAUAUCUCAACAUAUCUGAUUUGAAAUCUAUGGACACAUUCCAAGUUGACAUCUAUACCUGGAAAGUGCAAAUCUAUCCGACUGGAAGAGGGGCAGAGCAAAACAAGAGUUUUUCAGUGUUUUUGGUUUUAGAAGACGACCGCCCAAUUUCAAAUGGAAGACACUUAUUUGCUGAAUUUGAGAUCAUCUUGAAAAAUAAGAACAAGGGUCCUGAUCGAAGUAAACACCGAGUUGCCUGGUUUACAAAAUCAGAUCUCAUUCACGGUUUUGAAGACUUCAUUCCACUUGUCAAAUUCACUGAUUCUGAAUACACAAAAGAUGGUUCUUUGACUAUUCAUGUGCAUAUCAAGAAAUUGUUCAGGCAGGAAGACGUCUGACACAAUUAAUUAAAGCUCAACGCCACGGUGAUGAUCGACCGCAAGUAAUAGUCAUGCACGGAAGAGUUAGGGAGUGUGCGCAUGAUGACCGACAACAGCUUAACCCAUUAAGUUUAUGGGCUUUCCAAAAUGGUGGAUUCUUCUAAUUUUUUCUAUUUGAUCCGAAUUCAAUGUUGAUGUAAUUUCAAGACUAUUUAAUUGCAUGUAUGAACCAAAUAUGACCGGUUUGAAUUUUCUUUGAGAAACAUUAAGCUUUUCCUUUUUCUACGUAUUAUUAUCAAGUAAUUUCUCACCUUAUAUUGUA